AUGACUAUAGAACGAGAAAGUGCGUUUUUAAAGGAUACUGGAAUAGAACUAGAAGUUGAGCACUCAGCGGCAUUAUUUAGAUGCUAUGGAUUCGUCAGAGAACAGCUUCCAUUUGAAGAAGCUAGGAAGGCAUGUCAUAAAAUAGGAUAUGAACUGCUUGUGAUUCACGAUACGCAGCUUAAUUUAUAUGCGCAACAAUUAUCCCAUUUGUUCCUUGACAUGAUGUACGGAAAAUUCUGGAUUGGGCUUAACAAACUAAAGGGAAACUGGGAGUGGGUUGACAAUACAAAGGUAGACUACAUGAACUUUGCGAGAGGUAACAAUCCAGCGAAACUUUGUGCCCAUAUGCGUAUUGCAGAUGGAAAAUGGGUCACUUCUGACUGCGAGCAGGAGUAA